AUGGCUUCUCCUGACGUGUCGCGUGUCCUGCAAUUUUGUGAGGAGUUGGCAGCUGCGGGCGUUUCACGCAAAGACGCUCUGGAGGCCGUGGCCAGGGCGUGGCCAGCAGCUGCGGAGGACUCCCGAUCCCGACGCUCUGUGUGCAUCCGAGUCCAUGAGGCAGUUUUUGACGUGGAGCACGAGGAACGCUUGAAGGAGAGGUCUGACUACUUCCGCAUGGUGCUGGACGGCCCGUUUCGCGACUCGCUCGACUGUGUUGUUGAUGUUUCUGAGCUGCUACAGACGAACAAGAGGUUCAGUGCCGGAGGAACUAUCGAGGAAUGGGCCCAAAGUAUGAAGCAGUUCCUGGACGUGGCAGAAGCUUGCGAUGCCGAAGCGGCACAGGCACUCGUGCGAAAACAAGGCGAUGUGUGCGGAUGCUUGCGUCUCCUGUUGCUCGCCGAUUGCCUCACGGCCCCCUCGAUUGAGCAGAUCUGCGCUGACGAGGCUUGCCAGCGCAUGCAACACGAGGUGUUGCAUGAUCCCAAGCCCGUGCGCGAUGCGUUGAUCUGUGCGUUGCCCUGGGAGCUCACGGAGCGCCUCUUGGCUGGCAUUCAAAGCAUGACUCUCGUCCUGAACUUGGUGGGGCUUUGGUCACGCCCCGCGACUGAAGCUCAGGAGCGCCUGAGGACCUUUCUCCAGUCUAGGUGUGCCGGCAUUGCUGAUAACUUGGACUGGGUGCAAGUCUGGCUUCCACUUUGCCAACAUCAUCCCCACCUUCUUCACAACCUGCCGCAAACACGAGAGACUUUCGAGAGGAUGGAGCAUUUCUUGGCGAACCUUCCGCUUAACGUCCAUCACUUGCUCGAUGACAGCCUCCCGGAACUUGUUCGAUAUCACUCCGGGCACUACAAGUGUGGCUCAGCAGCCGGAUGGUCAUGUUGCCAGCAAGUAAAGAAGCGGUCACCUGGAUGUGAAGUCGAGGUCCAGCCCAGGGUCACAAUUCCUAUAUCGACUAUCUCCGGCAAAUACGACAUGAUUCUCCAAAGGGCGAUCCAGCAAGUGAUUGAUGCGAGGAUCACAAGCUUUGUCGACCACUUGGAGAAGCACUUGAUGCUGUCUACUUGA